AUGGCUAUCUCUACUUCAAGAAGAGUAAAAGCUCUUGUGGAUCUAGCUACGGCUGCAGCAAUACUCCUUAACUUGUUUAUAUAUUUUUACCCCGAUCUAUUAAACGCUCCUGGACAAUGCAACUGGGCCAAUGCGGAACAAUUGAGACCAAAGUACGAUGUUUUGAAUUAUAUACCAUCGAAAUAUCUACAGGCGAUCUUAUUUAGAUUUCCCCAAUUGCUUGAGGCAACAAAACAGACCUACAGCGAGGAUGAGAUUCAUAUGCUUUUGUUUGGAGAUCCUCAGAUUAAUGGCAACUGGCCACUGACAAAGUAUAUCAAAAGGCUUGAUAACUAUGGCAAUGACUACUAUUUAGGUCACAUUUAUACUACAAUGUCGCAACGGUUGCACCCGUCUCAUGUUGCUGUAAUGGGCGACUUGUUCUCUAGUCAAUGGAUAUUGGAUUCAGAGUUUUACAAUCGAACUUAUAGGUAUGUUGAAAGGCUAUUCCCACAAGGCUAUGACUAUAAACAACACGUUUUAGAGACACAUCAAAAGCAUGAAAACUAUGACUGGAAUAAGUGGUUAUUAGACGAAAAGAAAAUGGAUCCUGUAGCUAGAUACAAUUCAAGAGUUUACGAGGAUGUAUACGACUGGAUAUAUCGAGAUAGAAAAACACCCAACUUGGAAAACCCGUUGUUUAUCAAUCUUACAGGAAACCACGACAUUGGGUACAGUGGUGAUGCGACAUGGCAACAUAUGGCUAGAUUUCAUCAUUUGUUUGGUCAAAAUAACUAUGUUAUUAAUUAUAAUAGAGGCACUGAAAGGGAAUGGAGAAUUGUUGUUUUAGACUCUAUGAGUUUAGAAGGACCGGCUUUACAGCCUGAAUUUUCAAAUUAUACUUGGUCAUUUUUAGAGAAUUUAAGGGACAAAGGUAAUCCCAGUUUCAAAGGUUCAACAAUAUUGUUAACUCAUAUUCCAAUGUAUAAAAAAGCAGGGUUAUGUAAGGAUGGACCCGAACACAAAUACUAUAUUGACAACAAGAGAGAACCGUACAAGAAUGGUCUUUUGAGGUCACAAAAUCACUUAUCCUACAAUACCACUCAGAGGGUAUUGAACAUUGUUUUUCCUAAUGCCGAUCAAAAUGGCAUAAUUCUCACAGGUCACGACCAUGAGGGUUGCGAUGACUACUAUAACUUUGUAGAUGGCCAGUGGGAGGCAUCUAAAGAGGAAAAGAAAUCUCCCCGUCGGCCAAUUAGAGAGAUUGUUGUUAAAUCAAUGAUGGGCGAUUUUGAUGGACAAACAGGAAUACUAACAGGUCAAUUCAAAAGUGGUCAUUGGCAAUUCAUGUUCACGUAUUGCUCCUUCACCGUGCAACAUUGGUGGUGGGCAAGCAAAAUCAGCAUGAUCAUAGUAAUCUUUUUACAAUCCGCUAUUAAACUAGCUUCAAUAUAG